GGGCGAGGGAGUCAAGGGGCAGAGGAGGUGCCCGUGCCCCCACCAGAUAGCGCGCGCCCCAGCGGCGGAGGCGGCGCUUACAGCCGCACAAGCCUCUAUAUAAAUGCGACAAACCCCCCGAUCUGAUUAGCAAAGUUCCAAAACAUACGUAAAAGCGCAUUUCAUUCAUAUUUCGGACAACCUGUGCGAAGCCCGAACACACGAAACCGACGUCACCGAGUGCAUGUACACAAACAAAACGAUCACGAUCAGCACACACAUAUCCAUCGUCUCUGUAAACUGUUGAACGAACGCUACAUAGACGGAUAUAGGCGACGGUUGCUAGUUAGUGCCGAGGAUUUGCAGCGGGUAACAACAAAAACGAAGAACAAGAACAACAAGUAGAAUAAGAAGAAGAAGAAGAAGAAGAAGAAGCAGGCGAAGAAGAGGAGAGACACAUUUAAAUAUAGCUACUAAAACGCAAUCUAGUCGUCGUGGAAACGAGUCGGAUCUCGGCCGGGGACGGUUCGAAACGACGAUCCACGCGGUGGACGGCGGCAGAGACAUACGCUGCCGAGACACGCUGUCGCGAUACACGUUGCAGGUGCGACCGGAGCACGAAAACGGCGGUUCUCGGCGAGGGCACGAGAAGAAGCCGAGGAAGAGGCCAGCAGGCCACCGACGAGCCGCGAGUGAGAUGAGACGCGUCGAGCCGAGCCGCGGCUAGGACAGAACGAGAGGAGAGAGAGAGGAGGAAGCAAGGGAAGGCUGGCCGGCACGGCGCAUUAGGGCGCGACACGAUAAAGGGUAGCGGUGGUGAACGGUGGUACCGCUCUCAGGGACCGCUGCAUAGGAAGCACGCUGGAUCGUGCACGCGGCGCGGCCGCAUCGCUCGUACUUUAAGACGAGAAGAACAAGUCUCCUCUGCGCAACCUCGCACCGCGAAUCCAGAAAACACCGCGCGAGAAGCUUUUCCGUGAAGUCAGAAGACAGAGCAGAGCGUACGAGGAUAAGGAGCCGAGAGGAGCUCGGUCCUGGAAGACCCAGUUUCAUUCGAGAAAGAAAGAAGACCAGACUAACCGACAGGAUGUCCGGGUCUCAGAGAAGACAGAUGAUGAAGAAAUGGCCUCUGUGCCUAGUGCCCCCUUCGAGAGCGAAGGAGCUAAGCGUCCCGCAAAAGAACUACACGAAGGUGCCAUCGGCGCCCAUAUCCUCGACGAUCAACUCGGCGAUCAGCCUAGAUUGCUCGUCGAACACCACCCUCGCGACAACCGCGAGCCCGUUCAAUAGCCAGACCGCUUUGAUAGUGGACAGGAAGAGUCCCCCCGCAGGGAACACCCCGACAACCCCUACCAACCACUAUUAUGAACAAAACCUGAGGAAUACCCAUCAGAAGGCCCUCCACGGGUCUCGCAUCUACGACCCCCUCGACAAGGACCUCGACCACGGUUACAAGCAACUGCAGCCGCUUUUGACCGGCGAACAAACCCCCUACACGGUAGUCAAAGGGUCAACCAUGAGCGCCCAGGAUGUCAAGUCGCCGAAGGAACCGAUCAGCCGUGAGAAGCUGCACGAUGAGUUUCAAAGGGAGCCGGCGCCGACCGUGCGAGUUGCCACACAGGUGCUGGCAGCCUUGACGGUGUCCCUAGGUUCCAUGGUGGUCGGCUACUCCAGCGCGUACACCUCCCCCGCACUGGUCUCCAUGCGCGACAAUGCCACGGCCACGUUCGAGGUUACGGAUCAAAUGGAAUCUUGGAUCGGAUCGGUGAUGCCUCUCAGCGCGCUGGUCGGCGGUAUAGCGGGCGGCCCGAGCAUCGAGUACCUGGGCAGGAAGAACACUAUACUUGGAACGGCGUUGCCCUUCAUCGCAGCCUGGCUACUUAUCUCCCUGGCGUCGAACAUCGCGAUGGUUCUCGUUGGCCGAUCCCUUUGCGGAUUCUGCGUCGGUAUCGCGUCCUUGUCGCUGCCUGUCUAUCUCGGCGAGACGCUGCAGCCCGAGGUGCGGGGCACUUUGGGACUCCUGCCCACCGCCCUUGGUAACACAGGAAUCCUGCUGUGCUUCGUGGCGGGCAUGUACAUAAACUGGAGAUACCUCGCGUUGCUUGGCGCGUGCAUUCCGAUUCCGUUCAUGAUCCUGAUGUUCAUGAUCCCGGAGACACCGAGAUGGUACAUCUCGAAAGGAAAAACGAAGUGCGCCCGGAAAUCGUUGCAGUGGUUGCGCGGCCGCGACACCGACAUCACCGAGGAGCUGACAGCGGUCGAGAAAUUGCACGUGGAGAGCGAGAGGAACGUGUCGCAGGGCGCCUUCAUGGAGCUGUUCAAGAAGAACCAUCUGAAGCCGUUCAUGAUCUCCCUGGGCCUGAUGUUCUUCCAGCAAUUCUCCGGAAUCAACGCGGUCGUGUUCUACACGGUCCGAAUCUUCGAGGACGCCGGUAGCAGCAUCGCGAACCUGUCCGCGAUCAUAGUCGGGAUCGUGAACUUCAUCUCGGCGUUCGUCGCCGCAGCCGUGAUCGACAGACUCGGUAGGAAGAUCCUGCUCUACAUCAGCGCGGUGUCGAUGAUCCUGACCUUGAUCACGCUGGGAGGCUUCUUCUACGUGAAGGACGCGCUGCGCUCGGACGUGUCGACGAUCGGCUGGCUGCCGUUGGCCAGCCUGAUCGUCUACAUGAUCGGCUUCUCGCUCGGAUUCGGCCCGAUCCCCUGGCUGAUGAUGGGCGAGAUCCUUCCGGUGAAGAUCCGUGGAUCCGCGGCCAGCGUGGUGACGGCGUUCAACUGGAGCUGCACGUUCGUCGUGACGAAAGCGUACCUGGAGAUGGUCCGGCAGAUGGGCGCUUACGGCACCUUCUGGCUGUUCGGCACGAUCGUGUUGAUCGGCUUCGUCUUCGUGAUAUUCUGCGUGCCGGAGACCCGCGGACGAUCCCUCGAGGAGAUCGAGAAGAGAUUCACCGGCCCUGUCAGGCGAAUGAGCGCCGUGGCCAACAUGAAGCCGAUGCCUAUGGCCUUUUAACCUGUUCCUUUCUGUGGACUCGAUAACUAGCCGAUCACUGUGUUCGAUGACCGGUCAGCAGGGUCGACGACGCGUCGCCUGGCCGAGGACCUCGAGCGUAUCACAUAGUUCCUUACAUUAUCGAGCGACAAGGAAGCGAGUCGGUUAGGCGAACCUUCUUGAAACGCUGCUGCUUCUCUUUCCGCGAGCCCCCCCCUCCUCCACCCGUUUCUCUCUACCUCUCUCUCUCGAUCGUCGGGGAUCGUGGACAGAAUCUGGGGCCUUUAAAACGAAAGCGGGCCGCGUAUCGCGGAACUCAGGCUCGCGGUUCCUUCGACACGGCUAUCCCGGAUAGCUGGAUACAACGAAAUGAUAUUAAAACGGAGCAACGACGGCGGGAGAGGAGGGGCGGGUCUCUUGUUCGGAUGUCGGACGUCGCGCAUAGUUGUUAUAUUUUUGUUAUUCGAUAGUUCUACAGGGUCUACCUCAAAUUAGUAAUUGCGCGGAAGGUAUACGAGUAGGGUAACAAGAUAUGCGAGUUAUUUAAUGAACGCGCGCGGAUGCGAGAAGAUAAUUGACGACGCUUCCCCCCAACCCCCGCGGCGCGAUGUUCGCGCGUUGAUACGGAGAAAACGUGUCUCCCCCGAUGUCUUCGACGAACGGCGACGAUAUUAAACGUUGCCGAACGCGUGACUCGCGCCCGCGCCGUCGCGUCAGCCACACUGUACAUACUUGUCGCCGUCAGCGGGUGCGUCAACGGACGAUUGCGCCAUCGGCGAACCAAUUAGAUCGUAAGGUAUGCAUAGUUAAGAAACAGAGAUCAAAAUAAUACGCGUUUAUUUUUCCAAUGUCGUUACUGUUGCAACCGGCGCGGAAACGGGCGCAACCGUGACCGCCGAGGCGAGCGCGCCGCGACGCCAUUCGCCCCCCAGACACGCGUCCACGCGGAUUGUUGCCUCGGAAGUUGCCUUCGAGGAUCGCGAAAAAUCCGAUCGACGUCGAAUCUCGCGUGGUUGAGUUGCACGAGCCGAUUUAUCGCCGCCCCCCGCCCCCCUAUCAUCGUCUAGAUCCAUGGGUGAAAGCUACCCUCGAUCCUCGUCGGGGUCAAAAACCUAGAGAAACGUCUCUAAAACUGUUGGACGACCACACGGCGACCCUCUGCGGUUCGCUAAAUGUAUUUUUAACUCGAACUUCGAGAGCUGUUUUCGCCGCUUGGACGUAGACAAUAGAUGAUAAUAGUAUCGAA